UGCAAUUGCGCUUCCCUCUCGCAGACGAAAGCGUAAAUCCGCAAACGCACAUAUACGCUAGAUCUAAAACUAGAUGCAAAUUAUUAUUACUAAAACAGGAUUCAGUGGGAAAUAAUACUGUAUCAUAAUAGUACUGCGACGAAAUAAACUCGUAAACCCCAAUAGCUUAUUCCCGAGACCUCGCGUCAUUUCACGCGCACGGAAGUUACAAUGGCGUGAGGAAAAGAGCUGUCCGAGGUGCUGACACCAACCGUGGAUCUGUUUAUUAAACAUGUGCUGAAAAGAGGAACAUUUAAACACUUAAACACUACAUUCAUAUAUUUAUAUAUAUUUAUAUUUCAUUUAUAUUUCAGUGUUUCUACCUGAUACCUUAAUACAAGUUUAUCUGUUUAAAUCAGGACAGAGCUUUGGCUAAAUGGAUGAAGCAGAAGAGUCAGCAUCACGUAUCAUCAGUUCCCAUAAGUCCAGCAGCAGUGUCCCAGACAGUAAAGCUGGCAGCGCUCCCCAGUGCGAUGGAGGGUCAGAACGUCGGAGCCUGCUGCAGAUGUCCGAGUCCCAGGGACUGCAGCUCCUGGGUGUUCUCCAGUCCUUCAGGGAACAGGGUUUACUGUUUGACUUCACCAUCAAGGUCCAGGAACACAGUUUCCCCUGCCAUCGCUGUGUUCUUGCAGCAUGCAGUGAUUUCUUUAGAGCGAUGUUUGAGGUGGACAUGCGAGAGCGUGGGGACGGUUCAGUGACUCUGAGUAACCAGUGUCCAGCAGCGGUGGAGUCCUUCCUAAACUUUGCCUACUCUGGAGAGGCUCUCAUUACUGAUGGCAACGUGGACAUGCUGUUCCAGCUCGCCUCCUUUCUGCAGGUAUCGGUUCUGUCACGGGCCUGCAGUGACUUUUUGAUCGGAACCAUGGAUCUCUCUAACUGUCUGUCGCUGCUGUCCCUCGCUGAGGCCUACGGCUCAGCGUCCCUCCUGCAGAGUGCCAAUGAGUUUGUUGUGCGGAAUUUCUCUGACCUUUCCAAAACCGCUGAUUUCCUGGAUAUGCAGGUGAAUGUGCUGGAGGCAUGUCUAAGGUCAGAUGCUUUAAAUGUGUCCAGUGAGGAGGCCGCGGUCACGUCACUGCUCAGAUGGAUUCGGCACGAUCUCCCGGAAAGACAAAAAGUGUUGCCAGGAUUGUUAUGUCUAACUAGACUGCACCAGCUGCCUCCACCAGCACUAAAGACGCUACGUGAGUCAGACGCUCUUCUCCGCGAUGACGAGGCCUGUCUCGCCCUGCUGUCGGAGGCUCAGAGCAGACAGCGCGGGUUUAGCGGCUUACUCAGCGAUGCCAGGCCCGCCACCACACAGAGCUACAUCUACAUCCACAAGACGGAGGAGAGCGGAGAGACCCGUCACACCUUCUGCUACUGUCUGGAAACAGACCGGUGGAAGGAGUUGGCAACAGGACACGGGGCGGGGACGGCGAUGCCAGAUCCACCGGGCUCCUGUCUUACAAGUUAUGCUGAGAAGAUGUUUGUCACAGGUGGAUGUCAGGGAAGCUGUAGCCGGACAGUUCGUCUGCAUGUGGCUGAGCCGUUCCAUGAUGCUACGGAUGAGGUUUGGUGCUUUUGCCCCGUGACACUCACGUGCACCCCAGCACCUGCCAUGCUGAAGCCCCGCACCAUGCACACGGCGGUAACCUGCUUGGACCAAGUCUAUGUUAUUGGGGGGCGUACCAGGGGGUCCAGAGGGGAGGCUCCCAGUCUGCUGGAGGUGGAGUAUUACAAUCCUCUGACCCAGACCUGGUGCCCAGCCAGCCCACUGCCCACCGCCAUCUUCUACCCUGAGGCCAGUGCUUGUGGCACAGCCAUCUAUGUACUUGGAUCCGAGGUGGAAAUCACCGACUCCUUCAACCCCUCGCUGGACUGCUUCUUCCGCUACGACGCCCGGCAGGACCAGUGGAGCCGCCUGGUGGCGGAGUUUGGCCAGUUCUUCCACGCGACGCUGGUUAAGGCCGUGUCAAUUCACAAUACACUGCAUCUCUGCGACCUGUCCACCUAUAAGGUCUACAGCUUUUGUCCGGAGACGUGUGUGUGGAAGGGUGAAGGCUCGUUCGAGUGUGCGGGGUUCAAUGCUGGCGCAGUGGGUAUGAGAGACAGAAUCUACAUCCUGGGUGGAGACUACUCACCCAAUGAGGUCACAGAUGAGGUUCAGGUGUACUACAGUGGGAGGAGUCAGUGGGAGGAGGUGGCUCCCAUGCCCAGAGCGCUCACCGAGUUCCACUGCCAGCUCAUCAGCUUCAACAGAUACAGAGACCCGUGGGGCGACGCAGCAUCAUAAACACCAGCCACACACACAAACAGAUGCACAUGUGUGAGCAGCUACCCCAUCACCACCCCCCCCCCCCCCCCCCCCCCCACGCAAUGGAUGGCAGGGGCCUCCAGAGACACUGACAAUCAGAGUCGAACUACUAAAACCUCCCAUCUCCCAGACAAACGCAAGCCAACGGAUGUUGUUGCUUUUAUUGUCUAAUUGUCUAGGACACUUGUACAAGGGGAACACCUGCUGUUAGAGAAUCUCUGAACACGGUUCCUCCAAUGAAGGCACCUUACUGAGCUUGUCACUAUUUCACAGAUCCCGUUGCACACGAGGAUUUCAGCUCUGCAACAGCUGAACUGUUUAACAUUCUCUGUGCAUGUCUGUUUCAGAGAAAAACGCCCCAUAGCUUUAGUCAACGCGCAUGCAGAUGUUGCCAAUGUGGGUGAGAAUUCAACAUUAUUAAAGAGAGUUUUGUGGCAAAAGCGAA